AUGAAAUGGAACGAUGUCACCGAUAUCAGCGCGCACGGCGAGGCGGCUGCGCGGCCGCGGGGCGCCCCGGAACCAGACCAGCUCUACGACCACCACUCCUCGGAGGAGGAGCUCGAGGUGAUCAACGGCGGGCCGGCGGGCGCGGGCCGCGCGGAGGGGCGGCGGCGCGGCGCCUCCUCCCCCGCCCGCGCGGCGCCCGAGAAGCGCCGCUGGGCCGCGCAGCCCUACCUCGACGGCGACGAGCUGCCCGCCAGGGCGCCCUCCGACGACGACGACGACACCAAGGUGGAGACGCCGGUCCGCUUCCGCACGUCGCCGCCGCUCGAGGCGCUGAAGCCUCGGCGCGCGGGCGGGGCGGCGGCGGCGGCGGGGGCGGCAGCGGCAGCGGGCGCGGGCGCGGGGGCGGGGGCGGGCACUCUGGCGGCGGCGGGCGGCGGCGACGGCUGCGCCUCGCCGCGGCGCCGGCGCGUCGCCCUGCCGCCGCCGCGACGCCACCGCCCCGCCCUCGACUUCGACAAGAUGCAACAGCUGAAGGUGGGGGGUGGGGUGCGUUCGUGGCGCGCGGUGGGCGGCGCGCACGGCGGGGAGCUGUCGGUCUUCUGCUGG